GGGAAAACGGGCCACGGCGGACGCAGGCAGCAAAGCCGAGCGGGGAGGUUUCCCAACAAACAGCCGAAUUCCGCGCUGGCGAUGAAUUUGCUGAGUCCGCCGCUGCUUUGCUUCUCGCUACCCACAUGCGUCCGCUGUAUAUCGACCACUUUACUGGCUCGCGGACAUGGUCUUACCAGGCGGGCGCAGCAGAGGAUGCUAUCUUUGUCGCCAACGGAAGAUUAAGUGUGAUGAGACACGUCCUGCAUGCCACCAAUGCUCGGACUACGGCAGAAAAUGUCCGGGAUAUGCAGACACUUAUACUUUCACCUUCAGGGUGCAGAAACCACAACCCCGUAAAACCAAAACUACUACUACCAAGCCAGCAACUGUAGAUGCAGUUGUCCCCCUUGCAAAAACAGCCAAAUCCCCAAUACCGCCUCGCCAUUCAAAUUUAUCAACUCGCCAAAUAUCGCCAUCAUGGCAAGAUCAGGCCCUCUGUUUUUUUGUCAACCAGUACCGCAUAUCCGCUGGCUCGGAUGGGGCGGCUGGCUUUCUGGACUUUCUUCCGGGUUUGAUGCGAAGUCCAAAAGAGGAUGAUAGCUUAAAUUUCGCUUUAGGCGCCGUCUCCAACCUUGUCCUAUAUAAUCGAAUAGGCGUCAAGAGUUUGUACGUUGAUGCGAGGAAAAGCUACGGCGCUGCCCUGGCUUCAAUUAACACAGCCUUGGGUUCUUCUCAGGAGGCCUCCAGCGAUCGCAUAUUUGCCGCUGUUUUACUCUUAAGUCUAUUUAUUGAUGUCGCUGGCGAGAGAGACGGAGUCAUCAAUCAACACACCUCAGGAAUUUAUCAUUUAAUGACAUUACGAGGACGUCGGAAUUUAAGCGAUACAUGUAGUUCGUCCUUGUUCAGCUGGGCGAUCUGUCAUGCGAUGACGCACUUUCUAAUGACUGGAGAUUAUCAAUGUGCAGGUCUAGCAGACCUUUUAGUAAUCGCCGAUGAUUCUACCCACUGGCACCGAGCAGUCAGAGUUAGUGGGAAAAUAUCUAUAUUUAUGACAAUGACCAAUCAGCCACUAGAAGCUGCAGGAAUCUCGCAAUCGCAGGCCACAAAUAGCUCUGCUCCGGGUAUUUCUGCAAUGGGCAACUUCCAAAUACAGCUUAUUUUCCAGUUUGCUGCCGAUAUAAUUAAUGAGAUUGGACAAUGGUAUCGAACCCUUCCGAGCAGUUGGAAAUAUCCAACCUCCGAGCGACCCCCUAGUGGAUGCAAUAUAGACGAAGACAUAUUUGAAAUUCAUCCACGUGGUUUGUGGGCUCCUGGCUACGUGGCCAUAUUCUACUGCGCCGAGAUUUAUUUUUAUAUGAGGCUUAUCUCCUGUCUCGGCCUCAUUGCUCAUUCGCCGAUGCUUUGGGCCACUGGCCAUAAUAGCGCUCGCCAUGAAUUGAUUCAAAAAAUGGACUUUUUCCCGAAGCGAAUAGGGUAUUUAUUAUCCAGGCUCUGUGUUCUUAUUGAAUUAAUCCUUGGAGAUAUACGAAACGCUGGAAACGAUAAUCCAGACGUACUGGUCAGUGGACAAGCUGGAGGCGCAUACAUGCUUCUUGGUCCGCUGUGGCUGAUGAGCCAUUGCCCAUUUGCCACUGAAGAGCAGGUCAAUAUAUGCCACAAGGCCCUAGGACAUAUUGGAGACAAAUUGGGCUUUGGGACAGCCAAGAAUCUAAUCGAACCUGCUUCUCAGCCUUCUGACUGCUGAGAUCAUUGCAAACAAGCAUCCCUGACCCUGGGAGGGCGGCUGCAAUAUUGUACAUUAUUGACGUACCCUCAAUAUGAUAUGAUAUAUUAAGUUGUUAUAAUUAGAAAUACUGACAAUGCAACGUCAUAUUAACUUUUCU